AUGGAAGCCUGCAGCACCGGGAAGCUUACUGGACUGCUGGCUGGCACUCUAAAGACGAUACAGCGGGCAGCAUGUUACGACGAAGAUGUGUCAUUGUCUUGUGCUAAAGGGACCUAUAUUAGUAUACAAGUCGCUCAAUAUGGGAAGGCAUCGCCGGGAGGUUAUAAUUGCAAGACUGAACCACAAAAUGUUUCUGAUGUUGAGAAGUGUCUGCGGCCCACUGCUAUGCAGUACUCAAUCCUUCAAACGGUGGUGGUAGCUUGCCAGAAGAAACCAAGUUGCAAAUUCAGCACCAAACUGAAGCCAGGCACAGCAGAUCCUUGUCCACAUGCAAGAAACUUCGUGGAAGUCGCUUAUAAAUGCAGACCUCAUGAAUUCCGGAGUCGAACGGCAUGUGAGGACGACAUAAUAAAGUUAAGUUGCAGCCGCUACUCUCGGCUGGCCAUCUACGAAGCUCACUAUGGAAGAAUGGCGAUUGAGGCUCACUCUAUGACCUGCCCACAAGCCCAGGGCGUGGACGAUGAAAGUUGCACGGCCCCCUAUGCAUUGGAGACCGUGAUGCAGAUAUGUCACGGAAAAAGGCGAUGCCUCGUGGUGGCAAAUCGUAAAACGUUUGGGUCCCCCUGCAACCCAACUUCGAGGCCAUACCUCAAAAUUGCUUAUGCGUGUGUGCCCUUAGGUGUAUUGAUAGAAAGAUACGAGAGUCCGGCGGAAAAGGAUGAAGUCAUACACACACAGGUCAUGAAUAAAGAUGAGGGACUAUUUGAUGAUUCAGAUACUGGCGAGCAUUGGGACGGGAAUGUUGCAACACCAAUCGCUGAUUCGGCGCUGCAACCUCCGUCAGAUGACAUUCAUCUCUUGUUAGAAAAGGAAAAGGUAUCGGAAGCCACCGCCGGUUCUGUAAAUAGAACAGGUCGUUCGAAAGCCAACGAAAACCUAUACUUCUAUGUCGGCGUAGCGAUAUCAAUUUUUCUGAUACUUACCCUGUGUCUCGUAAUCGUCCGAUUCUAUAUUAACCGUAAACGGAAACGGAAUGCAAAAAACGGUAAUAUGUUUACAACAGAGGCGCCAAACAUCUUCUGUGAUGCAACAUCUGAUAUAGAUAACGACGUGAGCCACAUUUCUGGAAACUUCUAUGACCCGGGCCAUCCCGAUAUGCUGUAUAGAGAAACUACGAGGACAUUGAGACCCAUGAAGCCUUUAUCCACAGUGUAUCCAACCGCUGGAGCAAGUAUGUAUGGCGUAGAUUAUAUACCUCCCCUCGAACCGUUGAGGUUUGAAAGUGACCCAGAAGUAAUGAUGAGCCCCAAAAGUUUAAGUGGAUACACGAACACAGAGUUCCAUUAUGGCUGA